AUGUUCAAUCUCUCGGAGAAAUUCCAAGAGCAAUUCAGUCAUGUUCAACAACAGUUCGAUAAAUGGACAGCAUUCGAGCAAAUGUAUGCUUCAGUGGAUUUAACGAAGAAACUCUCGAUGCCGUAUCGAUAUUUUCUUUCGCAAUUUUUAUGUCAAAUAAAUAGUCAGGUCGAAAACAACGACAUGUUUCAUCAUACAGUUCACCAAGCGAAUGCACCUGCUAUUCUUGCCUGUCUUUUAUCUGAUCCGGAUGAUAAAAUCAUUUCGACUCUUCUUCUAUAUCUACCAUUAGUGUCAACAACAACGGCUAAUGACAAAUUACUCGAAGCAUAUCGAGAUGUGUUUGUGUAUCUCGAUUCAAAAUUAGCUAACCCAUCGAAUUUUUCGUGUACAGAACAACAACUCAUACAUUACUGUCAACAGAUGAAAUUUUUUAUUCAAAAGCAUCCAAGUUUACAAAAGUUUUUAAUUGACAUUCCACAAUUGAGCGCAUUAGCAGCAUCAGGAAAGCCAAAUAGCAAUGAAAACACAGAUGAGAUAUUAGCAACGUCGCGUCUGCAGCAACCUCUACAAUGCUAUCCAUCUGUUCGAUCUUAUCAACAAAUAUCACCACCACCACCACCAACAACAACGGCGUCGCUGUUGACAAACUUUGUUUCCGAAGGCUCUUAUCAGACGAACGUAUCUCAACAACCGAUUCGUAAAGAUGCAAGUGAUAGUGGAGUUGAUCUCUCGGAACCAUGUUUAACAAAUUCUGUACAAAAUUUGUUAUCAUCGCAAAUGUCUCAACAUUCAUCGAUUGGACGUUCGCAUUCAGCGAAUUUAGGAUUGAAUAACGAAGGAGAUAAUCAACCGAACCAUCAAUUUGUUAUUAAAUCGUCAUCAUCACCGACACCCGAACAAACGAAUACAGUUCGUCCAUCGUUCGUACCACUCACAGCCGUUCUAAGUGCGCCUGCACCAUCGCAUCAUUCCUACUAUUCAGAUUUUCGACAUCAAAACUCCACUUUCUCACAUCAGCAAGGUCGACCCACACUAACCAUCAGUGACGAAGAUGAAGAAGAGCCUUCAACACAUUUAUACUCACAAAAUCUAUUCACAUCCGCGGACAAAUUCUAUUCAGAUAUAAAUGCAACAGAAAACAAUAUCAAUAACAAUCGUUUACGUCAAUUUUGUUCUUUACGCAAUCGACCAGCGCGAACACAUAUGAACAAUUCAGCAAAUAAUUCUGAAAGUGUAUCACAAUAUUUAGGUGUUGACGGAGUUUCUGGUUCCACACGCAAUACAUUCAUUCAACCAAACAGUGGCAUGCGCGAUGUUCCAAAAUGGUUAAAAAAUCUCCGGCUUCAUAAGUAUGCAUUCUUCUUUUCACAAACGACUUAUGAUCAAAUGAUGGGUUUGACUAUCGAUCAACUGAAAGAGGGCAAAAUUACUGAUGGUGCUUGUACAAAGAUCUUAUUGAACAUAAAAAAGUUGAAAGAAAGACAAGUUUUAUUGCAACAAUGUCUUAUUGAUAUCGAUAACGAACAAAUUGAUAUGAAAACCGUUCUACAACACCUAAAUGAUCUAAUGUUAACGCCGAUACGCGCUCCACAAGCAGAUCAAAACAAUAAUGAUAACGAAGAAAAUCUACCGAAGCUAAUUAUGCAAGUGCUCGAAAAAGUUUAUCAACAAUUGACAUCGAACACAUCAUCCACAACCCUUUUAUCUGAUAUGUGUAAUAAUUUAGUUGGUCUAUUCGAUCGUUGUUAUAAGCACGAAGCAUUCUCUGCUGAUCAACGUCACAAAUUAUUACACUGGCGUGGUCCACUCUGUAAUAAAUUACAAACAUCUGGUAAAAUUGAAUAUAAAUCUAUGCAAUCCUCCUCAUCAUCGUCAGCAAAUCGACGACCGCAAUUAAAACCUCAAACAAGUAUGGGCAACAUGAAUUCGACUCAACUAGUUAAACCGGCCAUACGUAACAUCAAAAGUAUUGCACCGUAUUAUCCAAAUUACCAAACAACAUCGAUACCCUUAUCACGACAGCACAAUUCCGACUUACCGAGUUCAAACGGAAGUAAUUCCAAUUCGAAUGAAAUCAAUUUCAUUCGGCGUCCAACAAAAUCUCCUACACUAAUAUUUACACCGAACAAUGACUCACCGGAUGAGACAGGUGCGACCCAAUCUUCGCCAAAUGGUCAUUUAUCGAUUGUCUCAAGUCACUCCUUACAAGAACAAACAUCCUAUCAUCAAGCUCAACCGUAUAUUACUGAACGUUCAGGCAUCGGUGGUGGCAGUCUUCGACCAUCAUUUAACUACGUAGCUUCGACGUCACAACGCACCAAUGGAGGUUAUUUAGCUGCUAAUCAACAUCAAUUAUUGACACGUAAAACAAGCAUUGAUCCAUACGGUGAAAGCCAUUUCGAAGAUAAGAAUAAGUUAUGUAAAACAUUCAGUGAUCCGAGUCGAAUUCGUUUCUGUCAUCCAAUUCCAACUCAACAAUCAGCGAAUCAUUUACAAAUAGUAUCUCAAUCCAAAACCUAUCAGAGUACAUCGACACCUUACUCAUCCCGACAAUAUCUCUCACGCUCUCAACCGGCAUCAAAUAAUACAAAACCAUUUUUUGAACUCGACUCAAUCGCUCAGUCGCCUAUUCAAAAAUCUUACUCGGAUAAGGAAGCAUCUGUUUAUUUUAAAGAUGAUGAAAAUAAUAAUCAUUUAAUAACAACACCGACAUCAUCGUCAAAGGAUGGUAAACCUGAUGACGCGGAGUUUGAUUUAAAACAAAGACAUAAUAGUACAGAAUUCGAUACAUUAUGUCGUCAAGUAACAGAAUCUGCAAUAAGUGAUGAUGUUAUUGAUGAAGUAAUGGAACAAAAAUACUCUUCGGAUAUCCAAACCACGAAAUCAUCUUCGGCUAGUUCAAUAGAUACCGAAUAG